AUGGUCCCUGUGUAUGCUGCCAUGUCGUAUGGAGCUCUGGUGGCCAGUGACUAUGCCAUGUACUUCAAGACUGUCCGUGACGUGUAUGAAGCGUGGGUCAUCUACAACUUCCUGUCUCUCUGCCUGGCAUGGGUGGGAGGACCAGGCGCCGUGGCCAUCAGCCUCACAGGGCGCGUUCUCAAGCCGUCAACGCUGCUCUGCACGUGCUGGCUCCCACCCAUACCGCUGGAUGGGCACUUCAUCCGCCACUGCAAGCGCGGCUGCCUGCAGUUUGUCUUCAUCAAGCCGCUCCUCGCAGCGCUCUGCCUCGCCCUCUACAGCACUGGCCACUACGAGGAGGGCGUGUUUGCUGCCAGCAACGGGUACCCCUAUGUGACGUGUGUGUACAUGGUGUCGUACUCCCUCGCCGUGUACGCGCUGCUCUUCUUCUACUUCGGAUGCCACGACCUGCUGCGCUCCUUCAACCCCAUCCCCAAGUUCAUCAUGAUCAAGCUCGUCGUCCUCCUCACCUACUGGCAGAGCACAGUGGUGUUUGUAGCGGGCCAUCUGGGUCUGGUGCGCUCUGAAGACGAUGCAGCAGACCUGCAGUCUCUGCUGCUGUUCUGCGAGAUGGCCCUUGCUGCAGGGGGCUUUGCAUGGGCCUUCCCCGUCACGCCCUUCGCUGCUGCCAGCGUGGGAGGUGGUGGGGGGGGGAUAGUGGAGGAGGUGGGGGGGUUCUUUCAGAGGCUGAGACACGCGGCAGCUGUGGGGGAUGUGGUGGACGACACUGUUCACCAGUUAUCCCCAACAUACCAUGACUAUGUGCUCUACAGCGAUGGCUCCACACAGGCCAAGCACUUCCGCACUCGCACGUUCGUGCCCAUGGGCAGGGAGAUGGAGGCAUACCGCAAGGACGGCAAGAUCAACUCCAUCCAGUCACCCGACUACAUCCUCGCCCCGCCUCCUCCCCUCCACCCCUUCCCCUGCAAGCCCUGCGCCACCACCACCACAGCCACUGGCAUCACCAUUACCAGCAGCACAGCCGGCAUGGCAGCUGACACUGCAACGCACAUGCAGGCAUUUGACUCGCUAAAGACUGCUCCAGGAGACCCGUUUAGAGAAGUCACCAACAGUGUUGGAUCCAGUGGAGCAGUAGCCACAGCAGCGACAGUAACGACAAUAGCAACAGCACCUCCGAGCAACAUGGUUGCUCAGUUACCAUCUAACACAGCACUGCUAGACUUCCUGUCUGGGAGUGGGUCGGGGGCUGAUGGCAUGGAUGCAUGCCAGGAAGAAGCACAGCCCGGAUUGCUUUACAGGGCCAGUAUCCCCUGUGGCAACGACCAGAGCACCACUCUCUUCACCUCUCCCAGCGACCCCUCACGCAGCACACAGACCAACCGUGGGAGCAGCUACAGCAGCAGCUAUGGGGACAUGCAGGGUGUGACUCGUGCAGGGGAGUUGUGUGGUGAGAGCAGCAGGUGGGGUCGGGAAGGAGGGAGAAGAGCAGGGCUGUUUGACAAGCUGACUGAUGAGAACGUGUAUGGUAGCGCUGCUGAUGGUGGUGCGGGUGUGAGUGGUGUGAGCAGGAGAGCUAGCAGGAGUGGGAAGAACGAGGCAGAGAGGAGGGAGAGUAGGAGUGGGAGUAGGAGCGACGGGAGGAGUGGGAGUGUGCACCGGCAUUCGAGUGCCAGCAGCAGGAGCAGCGAGGGAGGCAGUGAGAGAGCAUCCCUGUACAGCCACCACCGCAACUCAGGCCAAGCGGGUGGGAGCGGAGGCAAGGGGAGGAGAGGCGAUACGGGCAGCGAAGGAGCAAGUGGGAAGGAGAAUGUGACGGAUAAGGAGAAGGAGAAGGGGAGGAGGGCGGGGGUGUGGAGUGCACGUGGGCUAGUGAAGGUAUUAACAAGGGGGUCCAUGGACCUGGGAGGGCUGGUGGUGGACGAGGAAGACCUCAUGGAGGAGGGUGAUGCCAGGCGGGAUCUAGAGGGAGUUGUGCAGCGGUGA